AUGACGCACAAUAAAGAUUUGCCGCAGUCUGCCAUUGACGGGAAAACUCCAGAGGGAGACUCUCGGAAAAAACACCGGUCUUAUGAAGAAGAAGAUGAAGACAAAAGGGAUCACAGACACUCUCGGAAAAAACACCGGUCUUAUGAAGAAGAAGAUGAAGACAAAAGGGAUCACAGACACUCUCGGAAAAAACACCGGUCUUAUGAAGAAGAAGAUGAAGACAAAAGGGAUCACAGACACUCUCGGAAAAAACACCGGUCUUAUGAAGAAGAAGAUGAAGACAAAAGGGAUCACAGACACUCUCGGAAAAAACACCGGUCUUAUGAAGAAGAAGAUGAAGACAAAAGGGAUCACAGACACUCUCGGAAAAAACACCGGUCUUAUGAAGAAGAAGAUGAAGACAAAAGGGAUCACAGACACUCUCGGAAAAAACACCGGUCUUAUGAAGAAGAAGAUGAAGACAAAAGGGAUCACAGACACUCUCGGAAAAAACACCGGUCUUAUGAAGAAGAAGAUGAAGACAAAAGGGAUCACAGACACUCUCGGAAAAAACACCGGUCUUAUGAAGAAGAAGAUGAAGACAAAAGGGAUCACAGACACUCUCGGAAAAAACACCGGUCUUAUGAAGAAGAAGAUGAAGACAAAAGGGAUCACAGACACUCUCGGAAAAAACACCGGUCUUAUGAAGAAGAAGAUGAAGACAAAAGGGAUCACAGACACUCUCGGAAAAAACACCGGUCUUAUGAAGAAGAAGAUGAAGACAAAAGGGAUCACAGACACUCUCGGAAAAAACACCGGUCUUAUGAAGAAGAAGAUGAAGACAAAAGGGAUCACAGACACUCUCGGAAAAAACACCGGUCUUAUGAAGAAGAAGAUGAAGACAAAAGGGAUCACAGACACUCUCGGAAAAAACACCGGUCUUAUGAAGAAGAAGAUGAAGACAAAAGGGAUCACAAACACCCUAGGAAAAAACACUGGUCUUAUGAAGAAGAUGGAGAAGAAGAUGAUGAUGAUGAUGAUGAUGAAGAUGAAAGGGAUCACAAACGUUCUCGGAAAGAGCACCGUUCUUAUCAUUCAUCACGCGAGGUAGAAGUUUCUGAAGAAGAAUCGCAUCACAACCACUCAAGAAAGAAGCACAGAUCUCACCGUUCUUCACGUCACAGUAGGGACAGGCUUGAGCACAAAGAACGACGUUCUUCUUCCAAGAACACAGAAUCUCGAUACCGGCGCAAGCGUGAGAGCUCGUCUGAUGACGAUGGCGUUCAUUAUAGUAGUUCUGAUAAGCAUAGGAAGAUCUCUCACUCAGAUGAAGAGCUUGAGGAAGGGGAGAUUAGUUCUAAAAUCUCAGACCGAUCAAGAGGAGGAAGUGUGGGUGGUGGUGUUAGUAGAGAAGCUUCUCUGGAUUUAUCGAGCUCAUAUCAAGGCGGGAGAGCUCCUUCUCAACCCUCUGAAGUUACCGAGGUUUCUGAUGAUCUCAGAGCCAAGAUCCGAGCAAUGUUGAUGGCAAACUUGUAA